AUGGACUCGGCGAAAGUGGCUCUUUUGUCCUCCAAGGACAGCGACUCCACCGUCAACGGCUUGGAGGCUGGCGUUCGCCGCCUCGGCCUUCCUACCGGGUCCUUUUUGGGCGUGAACCGCAAGGGCGAUGACCUCCUGGAGAUUAACCUUCCGCGGAAUGGUUUCACAUCCCGUUGCCUCGUCCUCUACACCUUUUUUCUGAUCUAUGUUGCAAUUUUCGCCGUGUUCUUCAUCGACCUUGAUGCGCUCACUCCGUCCAACGCAGAUUUUUGCUCCAUGUGUCCCCUUAUUGGCCUCGGGUCACUGGUCCUUAUCGUUUCCAUCAUUAUGGUUGUCAAGGCACUGACUCGCCGCCUCCUCACCUUCACCCGCUCCGAGUUCACGAUGACUUCGUCCUUCCUUGGCCGCAAGUGCUGCUGCCGCAAGUCUUCUGUGAACGGCAAGGCGUCCGACAUCUCCAAUGUCAAGAUCGUGGUGUCUGGGGGCCAGUUUGCGGGAUUCAUGACAGCUUGCGAGGUCUCGGAGGGCGUGCGCACGCACCGCUUUGGCAUGAACCUGAGCGUGAGCGAGAAGCAGUACCUGGUGCAGGAGAUUGGCGAUUUCCUUGCCUGCCCCUACUCCACCCAGGUCCAGCUGGCAUAA